UGGGAGCCCUCGCUCUCUGACUGAGCACCGCCCCGCCUCCCUGGCCUCCGACAUGGCUCAGGAAAAGAUGGAGCUAGACCUGGAGCUGCCUCCGGGCACGGGCGGGAGCCCGGCGGAGGGCGGCGGCAGCGGCGGCGGCGGGGCCCUCCGGAGGUCUAAUAGCGCCCCUCUGAUCCACGGCCUCAGUGACACUUCGCCGGUGUUCCAGGCCGAGGCGCCGAGCGCCAGGCGCAACAGCACCACGUUCCCGAACCGCCAUGGCCUGCUGCUCCCAGCCUCCCCGGUCCGUAUGCACAGCAGCCGAUUGCACCAGAUCAAACAGGAGGAGGGCAUGGACUUGAUCAACCGAGAGACCGUCCACGAGCGCGAGGUGCAGAACGCCAUGCAGAUCAGCCACUCCUGGGAGGAAAGUUUCAGCCUGAGUGACAACGACGUGGAGAAAUCCGCCUCCCCGAAGCGCAUCGAUUUCAUUCCGGUGUCACCGGCACCAUCUCCCACCCGGGGAAUCGGGAAGCAGUGCUUUUCACCAUCCUUGCAAAGUUUUGUGAGUAGCAAUGGAUUGCCUCCAAGCCCGAUUCCCAGCCCAACGACCCGGUUUACGACUCGAAGAAGCCAGAGCCCCAUUAAUUGCAUUAGACCAAGUGUUCUUGGACCAUUGAAAAGAAAAUGUGAAAUGGAGACUGAUUAUCCGCCAAAGAGAUUUUUCCAGGGCAUGCUGUCUUCUGACGUCGCACAGCUGUCAGAUCCGGGGGUGUGUGUGUCUUCGGACGCCCUGGAUGGGAACAGCAGCAGUACUGGAUCGUCCUGUAACUCGCCAGCGAAAGUCAGCACUACCACCGACUCCCCGGUGUCACCUGCCCAGGCGGCCUCUCCAUUUAUUCCAGUAGAUGAACUUUCAUCUAAGUGACUCACCCUCCUAUCCCCGAGACUCGGUUGUUUUGUUUUGUUUUGUUGGUUUUUUUGCAAUGGAGAGAAAAAUCAAGUUGGAGCAAGCACUGAACUUUGUCAAUUAAUUUGAGGCUAUUUCCUAUUUGACCCUUUUUCCUUUUUUGGAAUUUCCUGAACUGAACUGUUGGUAUUCUAGAGAACUUUUAUGUCAGGUUCCUGCGGAUUACUUCAGUGUAGUAAUAUUUUCAGACGUUUUCCCAAUAAGUGUGUUGAAGCAUACAUCUUUACGCUGCUAAUAUGUCUAAAUACAUAUGUUAUCCCUUGAUUUUUUUAAAAAAAAUAAUUGAGAGCUCUAUUUAUUUAUGGGAUUAUUAAGUUCUGAUGCAAAUAUAAAUGUUGAAUUAAUCAGUGCAGUAAACUGAUGUUUUAAAAUUCCAUACUUCAUGCCCACACUAAUUUUUAAUGUUAUUUUUAGUGAUUGCUAAUUUCUAUUUGAUGAACAAUAACUUACUAUUUACGCUAUUUUUAAAAUAUGUUAGUUAUAUCAAUCCAGUGGUUGUCUUGUUUUAUUCAGGAAUCCUUGGAUAUUCAAUUUUCUGGGUACAGAAGUGAAUGGGAGGGGAAUUGAUAAAAGAAUAAAAUAUAAACAUUUGCAACAAAUCGUUUAAAAUUAAACAUAAAGGUCUUUUUGCCAGAUCAUUUCCUUGAAGGUAUAGGCAGGGGUGGGAACGUCCAGCCCCAUGAGCUGGGCCCUCGAAAUCAUUUGGUUCUGGCCCUGCCAAGGCAUUAGGGGUCACCCUCCCAUCGAACUACCCAUCAAAAUGUCCUUUGUAUCUAUGAGUUUCUGUCGUGUUCAUUUAUUUAUUUAGAUCCUACAUACAAACACUUCACAAUUGAGUGAGAGGACCCCAGAAGGAAAACCCCUUUGAACACAUUUUAGAGUGGGCACUUAGACUUCAAGCUUCGCAGUGUCAUGUGCCAGCAUUAGACAUUUUGAAACGAACCAUCAAAAGCAACAAUUUGUUCCAAAGGGAACCUGGAAAGGAAAACAGUCUCAACAAUGAACAAGCUGCCCAUCACCACCAACAACAGAUGACUUGCCAUUUCACUUACUAAG